UGUAAAUACAUUGUGUGAACUAUGCCGCUCUACGAGCUGCUCUGCCUGGCCAAGCCAGCCGCCCGGGCUGACAUGGUGGCACUAAUGAAGACUCUCGGAGACGUUGUCUACCGAAAUGGAGGUUUCGUAACGCAGCUGAAGAGCUUUGGCGAGCAGCACCUCGCGUAUGACAUCCACAGACCCUUUGAAAAGUAUGAUCGUGCUCAUAUUUGGCAAAUGGACUUCGUUGCCAAGGUUGACGCCCUGAAGCCUCUCGAUCACGAGCUACAUGUUCAUGACAAAGUCCUGCGUUGGACUGUUGUUAAGCGGCCUAUGGCUGCUAAGCAGCCGGAAGCUCAGGCGGCUGGCGUUCAGCAGUAGACCCCGCUCCUUCUUCAACACGACGCUGGUAGCCCUAGCAACAUCUUUUUCGCUCGUCAUUUUUACCUUACCGGCGUGCCAUAUGCAAAGCUGGGCGUGGAUUGAGGGCAUCGUGUCCGGACAUGGGCGACUUCUGUAUCCUUGUUCGCCGGUGCAUGGGUUGAGCCGGAGCGCGUGACUGUGCAUUGUAUUCUAA